ACUGGCUCUGUAAGCAGAGGGGAACAAACCAGUCCUCAGGUGGUCUUCAUGCCAAACGACCUGUGAAGACCAGAGGGAGCUGGGGGUUGGGGCAAGGGCCUGCUUUCUUUGUCUAGCAUGUACGUCCUCUGUUGCGUUCUGCUGUUCUGAUCACACACCAUCCUUGUAAGGACCAGGAGCGUGUAUUGGCCUUCCUGAGGCUUCAGCUCUUGGCCAGAGAGAAUAACUCCACGGCCUGCAGUGGCCUUGGUGGGGCAGGGGCUGUCUGGAGCUGACUAGCACCAUGGGCUGAGUGAGUGUGAGCUCACAGUUUUGCGGGAGAGGGCUGGGGAGAGAAGCAUCUCAGUGUUGACCUCUUCACUGCAUUAACUGUGGGUGUUGGUCUUGCCAAAAGAGCCAGCUCUCAGGCAGGGUCUGGUUGAGGAUUGGCUUCCUCUUUAAACUCCCUAAUGGGUCCUGUUGCUGCAUGUAGCCAAGGGGGCUUGCAGAAGGGGGUGACUGGGGAAGGAGUGCUUCAUUGCUAACUAAAUAAGGCGAGAGGUUAUGCCUGUCUUCAGACACCCACAGUUGUGCCUCUCGCUUGUUGGGUUGAGUGACCAUGGCGCCCAGAUGCUAUGGUAACAGGUAUAUAAGAAAGAAACCCUUAGCCAGAAGCACUUGCUAUAAGAGGAUAAUGGGGGUUCAUGUACAUUGCCCUGUAGUCCCUGACCUUCACCCGUACAAUUGGACUUGUCACUGGAAUGAUACAACGGGGCACUGGCUUCUCUGCAAACUGCCUGUGGCCACGUUCCCCUGCAGGGAAGGGAAAUCCUAGGACACCACUGUUUGUACUCUCAACUCGCUGCUCUGAGGAGGUGUGGGCCCUCCCACCAGGGCUGGCUACUGGAUAUUCCCUGCUUCCAGCAUUCUUCUCAAAGGGAUGCAAAAGGAGCUGAGUCACUGCUUUUGAAUGGGACUGUUGGCUGUUCUCCUGACACAGGCUGGAGGCCCAGAGGCACUAGCCAGACCGGCACAGGAGUGGAGAGCGCUUUCUGAGUAGGGAUGAAGGCCUUGCGCACUGAAAUGGAAAACCCCUAUUGAAUUCCUCUUGUUCCAGCCCCAUGGGGCAGAGGCAAGAUUACUCCUAUUCUCCAGAGCUUCAGCCACUAUUCGAGCCCCAAGCAGUGGUGCUUCCAGCGGGGAGACUGCUCCACACACUAACUGGAUACGACCCAGGCAGCUUCCAGUUUAACAAGAGGGUAGUGAAGAUGACUAGUAGCGACCAAGAGCGACCACAGUUCCUGUUUGUGAAAGCGCUGGCCAGCCGGGGGCGCCUGGAGGCAGUGACACAACAGAUGGGCUACCACCCGCAGUACCUGGACAGCUUCCUCAAGAUGCAGCACUACCUGCUUCACAUGGACGGCCCACUGCCAUUUGCCUGCAGACACUACAUCGCCAUCAUGGCAGCUGCUCGGCACCAGUGCUGGUAUCUGGUGAAUCUGCACAUGCUGCAGUUCCUGCGAGUGGGGGGAGAUCCCCAGUGGCUGCGAGGCCUGGACUUCAUCCCUCCCAAACUCCGCAAUCUUAAUGAGAUCAACAAGAUCCUGGCUCAUCGGCCUUGGCUCAUCAGCAAGGAACACAUUGAGAAGCUGCUGAAGAUCAGUGAGCAGAGCUGGUCUCUGGCAGAGCUGGUCCAUGCUGUUGUCCUCGUGGCACAUUACCAUGCUCUCGCCAGCUUUGUCUUUGGUUGUGGCUGUGAGCAGGAGUGGCUGGAUGGCAGGAGCAUACUGAAGUCAACGUUGCCAGGAAACCAGUGUUUCUGUGAGUCUGCCAGUGGGAACAGCUGUAAUCUGGAAUUGCUGCGCAUCAACCGCAAACGGUCUCUGGACUCCUGUGUGGAACUUGAAUCACUCCGGGAACGUAUCCAAAGGAUCCACCUGGAGACUGAGGGCCGAGAGGAAACGAGGCCACCACCCCAAGACAGAGAGGAAGAUUUUGAUGGGGAAAUUGUCAGAGCCACAGAUCUCUCCUGCUAUGUGCAGGACCCUGACUUUGGAUACCAGGACUUUGCCAGGCGAGAUGAAGAGCAGACCCAGAUAUUUAGAGUCCAGGAUUACUCCUGGGAAGACCAUGGAUUCUCGCUGGUAAACAGACUCUACUCUGACGUUGGCCACCUCCUGGAUGAGAAGUUCCGUACAGUUGACGGUCUCCAGAGCAAUGCCAUGGCCAAGCGGCAAGGCUGUGAAUCUUCCGUCUUCAAACGGGGCAUCUGGAACUAUAUCCACUGCAUGUUCGGAAUUAGGUACGACGACUAUGAUUACGCAGAAGUGAAUCACUUUCUGGAGCGUAUGCUCAAAGUUUACAUUAAAACUGUGACUUGUUACCCAGAGAAGACUAACCCAGAAAUGUUCAGCCGGUUCUGGAAGCAGUUCAAGCACAGUGAAAAGGUCCACGUGAACCUUCUCAUCCUGGAAGCCAGAAUGCAAGCUGAGCUCCUGUAUGCACUGCAAGCAAUUACCCAGUAUAUGAUCUCCUAGAGAGCAGGGAUGGCUGGGUUAUGGCAGGGGCGGCGCAGGCAUCCUUGCCUCUCCAUGGACUCCAUACUUGAACCAUCGGGCUGGAACUGGCUGCGAUGGGUUUCUCUAAUGUACUUGACUGUUCUGUUUCUAUGGGGCACGAUGAGUGACCUUGUUAUGUGCAAUUACCAAGCUGUGAGGCAACUCCAUGCUGCUGUGAUGUCGGUGUGAAGCUGGAGACUCAAAUGUGUCCAUGGCAGACUCCCAAAGACAUGGGACAGGGAGGAAAGGAUGGGCAGGGAGAGGGCAUCUCUCUCUUUAAAGAGAUGGGCUCUAACCAUCCACAGUGGAAGCCCCUUCACCCAGGUGGCACAGGGAGCCUGUCCAUAGGGGCAACCCAGUGCUGGAUCCUGUGUGCGUUCCAGCCCUGGGGCAGAGCUGCAAGCUUGCUUCCUUUCCAGCACUGCAGCAGCAUCACACUGGGCAUGGCUGGCCGUUCAGACGCAGCGGCUGUAGGGUGAUGUAGCUUGCUGUGGAGCAUCACAAUCAGUAGGGUGGCUUGUGGGUGUGUUCUGAAACUCCUUUAGUCAGAGGAGCAGAAGGGAGGAGCACUGGUUAUGACCCAGGUUCUCCCGCUCCCCAGCACAGUACUGGAGGGAAACCAGCCUCCUGCGUACGCUCCUGGCCAUGCCUGCCAACCUCCUGGCGGCACCAUGCUGAGUACAUGUCAAGCUGUGGCACUCCAGAGGAGGUGCAGUGAUCAACAUGCUGUAUUCUCCCAGUGCCAGGAACAGGCUCUUUUCCUCCAGCUCCUGGAGGUGGCUGCUUGGAAUGUUUCACUUCUGUAGAGCUGGGUUCUCGGACCUGCAUCUCACCCUCAGGGUCUCCUAUUGAGCCCCCUUUCUACAGAAAGCACAGGGGGGCCAUUGUACCCAAACAUGAGCUGGGUCCUAGCCAAGGCUGCAUAGCCUUGGGACGGGUCACUUGCUGCUCAGUAUUGCCAUGUGGGCCAUGGGCCUGUUCACUGACAGGCCAGGUCAACUGAAUCUGCCUCCAUCACCUCCUGUUAUGGGGAUGGCAGCCCCAGGACUGGAGCAGCUCCCAACUGACCAGCCUCCACCCACCAGCUAUGACCCAUGCGCAGGCCUGCACCUCAUUCUCUUUGCCAUGGGCAGGAUCCACAUGCUGCAAUGCUCUGCGUGACCCCGGGAGGGACUUGCCCUACCCCUGUUCCCGCUCUGGCUGGAGGAGCACACGCUGUGCUCAGUGGCUGGCCCAGCUUCGGAGGGAGAUUCAGGUAAGGGCUGUGUACAGAGGCCCCUUCUCCAAAGAGCUUUUUGGGGCAUGAGGACACAGCUGGGACCUUCCUCGUAACUGGAGUGUGGAGGGUGAGUGUGAGGCACACUGCUUUGACCAGCCUGGUUACUUGUGUGGAGAGAACCUUUGUGGAAGCUACAGAAAAAGCCUAUUUUUGCUAUAAAUAUAAUUAUGUUUGACACA